AUGUCUAAUGAAUCGAGGCCCUGCCCAUGUGAUAUUGGAGACAGGUUUGACUAUGGAGGCCGUGGGCAGGAAGUACAAGUUGAGCACAUCAAGGCGUAUGUGUGCAAACCAUCUGCCAGCACAGACAAGGCUGUGAUUGUGAUUCAUGAUAUAUUUGGAUGGGAACUCCCAAACACCAGAUACAUAGCUGAUAUGCUAGCAACUAAUGGAUACAUAACCAUCUGCCUAGACUUUUUUGCAGGAGGAGAAGCUUGGAAGCCUUCUGAUGACUGGUCCAAGUUUGACGAUUGGCUGAAAACUCGAGGUCCCAGGAAAAUAAACAAAGAAGCUGAUGCAGUUCUGAAAUAUCUAAAGGAACAGUGUGGUGCUAAGAAAUUAGGGGUCGCUGGUUUUUGCUGGGGUGGUAUUGCUGUACAUCACCUGAUGGUGAACACCUGA